UGGAGGCUCACUUGGACCAAAAAGCAACGCUGCACCUUAAAGACAAAAGCGGGCGCUCACAUUUGUUCGGUUUUGGAGGCGCAGAAAGGGCCAAAAGCCUGUUGGAUUUACUGCUGAGUUCCAGUGGUUAUUUACGUUGAGUCAAAUAAACUUUUUUGUCAGUGUGACUUUUGGGACUUUCGUCCUUUUUAGAGUUUUGCGGACGUUUUGAGUCUGAAGUGAUAGGGCUUAAUUUUCGCCCACGUCAACUUUUGCAUCGUUUGCAUCUGCUGGUUGGAACCAGUUGUAUGAUGUGGUUUGUCUGUGUUUCUAUUGGUUUUAUGGCCGGUCUGUGCACCGGCUUGACCCAUAGCGCGUGGGAAGAGAGCACCGUAGUGCCUGUCAGACUAGACUCAACGGCCCGACUGGCGAGUGACACCGAACCGGGGCGGACUCUCUUCCCUGAAGAAAAGCAGAAGCUGUCGGAGACGAGGGUGUACAGGCUGGACGUUUUUGGUAACGAGAUCAUCUUGCACUUGGAGUCCGAUCAGACCUUCUUGUCCCCGGGGUUCGUCUUCCACAUUGUGGGAAGUCCCGAAUCCGAACUGAACCAAGGUCCCAAGAGCGCGGACGAUUCCGCUUGUUACUUCUCCGGCACGGUGAACGGAGAAGAGCACUCCGCUGCUGCGCUGAACCUGUGCCACGGGCUGACCGGUGGAUUUUACUUUCUCGGCCAAGAGUACUUCAUCAAACCACUCAACGUGGGCGAUCAGGUGAAGGAUGAGGAGAAUGAGGCCCACCUCAUCCGCCGGAGAGCUCGAACAGCAGUCGCUCAGGGGAUCUCCAAGUGUGGGGUCGAUGAGGACGAGGCGAGGGCGCCAGCGAAUCUGGACCAUGUGCCCCAACGUGAAGCCGCCAAUUCAGACUCUAAAGCCCAUCAUAGGACCAGGCGUUUUGUCUCCACUCCUCGCUACCUGGAGAUUAUGAUGGUGGCUGACCAGUCCAUGGCUGAGUUUCACGGUGCGGGCCUCAAGGCUUACCUCCUCACCAUUAUGGCCGUAGCAUCCCGCCUGUAUCACCACCCCAGCAUCCACAACUCCAUCAGCCUGGCUGUGGUAAAGCUGCUUGUGGUCUACGAGGAAGAGAAAGGCCCUCAAGUGUCGUCCAAUGCUGCCAUGACCCUCCGCAACUUCUGCCAGUGGCAGCGGCAGCACAACCCCCCCAGUGACCGCCACCCUGAGCACUAUGACACAGCUAUGCUCUUCACCAGGACGGACCUGUGUGGUGCCCACUCGUGUGACACCCUUGGAAUGGCUGAUGUAGGUACCGUGUGUAACCCAGACAAAAGCUGCUCAAUCAUUGAAGAUGAUGGACUGCAAGCUGCAUUCACUGUGGCACAUGAACUAGGUCACGUCUUCAACAUGCCACAUGAUGAUGCCCAACUGUGCUCUGGGGUGAACGGCCCCCACUGGGGCUCCCAUAUGAUGGCCUCAACCCUGUCCAAUCUUGACCAGCAGCAGCCGUGGUCCCCUUGUUCUGCGCUCAUGGUAACCACCUUUCUUGACAAUGGCCAUGGUCAGUGUCUGCUUGAUAAGCCGUCCAAGCCGCAACCGCUCCCUCAGCCUCUUCCCGGGACAGUCUAUGAUGCAGACCAUCAGUGUCGCCUUACUUUCGGCGACAACUCCCAACAUUGCCCUGAUUUGAGCACCACUUGUGCGGCUCUGUGGUGUACUGUGACAACAUCCAGUGGUUUCUUGGUGUGCCAGACCAAGAACUCUCCAUGGGCCGAUGGAACCCCCUGUGGGCACGAUCGCUACUGUCUGGCCGGCCAGUGUCUCACAAAGAGCCAAGCUUCCAAAAAUCAGAUUCCUGUCAAUGGAGCCUGGGGAGUGUGGGGUCCCUGGGGUGACUGCUCUCGGACAUGUGGGGGAGGGGUGCAAUACUCCUUCCGUUCAUGUGAUAACCCUUUGCCGAAGAAUGGAGGCAAGUACUGUGAGGGCAAGAGGAUCCAGUAUCGCUCUUGUAAUACGGAGGCCUGCCCUGACACCAACGGCUUGUCAUUCAGGGAGGAACAGUGUCUGGCUCACAAUGACAUGUCAGCCCAACUGUCUCUUGGAUCAGGCGAGGGUGUUGAAUGGGUGCCCAAAUAUGCUGGAGUUUCACCUAAAGACCGGUGCAAGCUUGUGUGCAGGGCCAAGGGAACAGGAUACUUCUUUGUCCUCAAAUCGAAGGUGGCGGAUGGAACACCUUGCAGCCCUGAUUCCACCUCAGUUUGUGUUCAAGGCCAGUGUGUCAAAGCAGGAUGUGAUCGAGUUAUUGGUUCCAACCAGCGCGACGAUAAAUGUGGUGUGUGUGGAGGGGAUGGGUCUACCUGCAAGAAAGUAUCGGGCUCAUUGGAGCGUGCCAGGCCUGGCUACCAAGACGUGGUGACAAUCCCUGCAGGUGCCACCCAUCUUGACGUAAAACAGCGGACCCCUGGCAAUGGCCGCCAUGACAACAGUUACUUGGCAGUGCGUCAACAGGAUGGUACUUACCUGUUGAAUGGUGAUUAUAAGCUAAUGACCAUGGAGUCUGACAUCACUCUGCGAGGGGCACUGCUGCGGUACAGUGGUUCUUCUGCCAGUCUUGAACGGCUCCGCAGCUUUUCCCCCCUCCCUGAGUCUCUCACUAUUCAGGUAUUGUCUGUGGGGGAAGCCCCAAGGCCCAGAGUGAAGUACACCUACUUUGCUCCCCGACCAAAAAAUGCUGCUUCUGUUAACACUAACGGAGGGCGUCGGCAUUCCAUCAAUGCCAUUCGAGAGUUGGGCGGCGCUGAGUGGACACUGAUGGAGUGGGGUCCCUGCUCUCACAGCUGUGGAGGUGGUGUGCAACAGAGAGAAGUGGUGUGUCUGGAUGCCCAAGGCCUUCCAUCCAAAGAUUGCCCAGAGGAGCUGCGACCUUUGGCCUCACGUUCCUGUGCCUCUCAGCCUUGCCCCACCUGGCUUCUUGGAGAAUGGUCUGUCUGCUCAAAGACCUGUGGCAGAGGUUUCCGAAAACGCCAGCUCCGCUGCAUUGGCUAUGAUGGCCACACGCUUACCCACGAUAGCUGUGACUCCAAAGACCGACCACGACCGCUCUUGGAGCUGUGCUAUCGGGCUGCCUGCUAAGGAUUUCUUGGACAAUCUGACCUGUAUUUCCCAAACUGAUUAAUUCCUCAUGUCAGUGACUGCAUCCGUACAUUCCACAAACACAUUUUCUGUGUCACAAACUUGGAGGAACAAAGUCUGCCACCUAUCUUUGGAGUCCAGCAAUGGGACAUCAACGAGCAUAUAGACGUUCAUGCUGUUUACAAUUCCAAUGGUAUGUUUGUGUGUGAUAGUAUGCAUAGAUUUGAGACAUAUAUAUCGUUUGUCUAAGCUGGGCUGGACGGACUUUAAUGGUUGUGGAAAUUAUUGUGGCAUGGACAUGUCGGUGUGUGUGUGUGUGUGUGUGUGUGUGUGGUGUGUGUGUGUGUGUAUGUGUGUGUGUGUGAAAAAUAGCUCAUAUUCUACUUAGUAACCCCAUCAGGUAUGGAAAUUUAGAUUUAGAUUUAUUCUGAACUAUCACCCAACAUUUAUUUAUCACAAACCAGUAGCACUUCACUUUUGUUUUUAUUUUAACCAUCCGCACAUUGUUACACUAAUUUUGUCUCUAUGAAAGCCUUUAUUUAUAGCCAUAUCUUGAAAACCUAAGAAUUUGUGUGUGAGCAUGGAUGUGUGUGUGUUUGUAUGAGAAGACCUAUAGAGGGACUUGUCUCCUGCUACUACUUCAUAAGUAAGUCUCUCCUGCCUUCUGGGAAGGCAUUGUGUUUGUGCAGUUUUUCCUCUUUUGUACAAAAUAUCUAAACAUUAUUUAUUUUUGUACAGCCUGUUAAAUAUAAUCAUGUGUCCGGUUUAAUAUUAUUUUUAUUUGUUAUUGACAUCACAGAAGGAAGUAGACUAUAUAGACUAUUUA